UUCAACUGAACAAGAUGAUUAACUGCCAGUACAUAGAGAAACGCUUUGUUAAACAGAUUGAAAAUAUUCGAUAAGAUAUACUGCAUUGAUGGCAGUUUCAGUGCCGAGUCAUCAUGAGGGAGAUGGAAUGUAUUGACACAAAUGCAAGGCAAUGUGGUUCUAUUUGUACACGUGGCUAUACCGACAAGGUCCCGCCUUCGCUUUAUUUUAUCACUGUGGGGUGUCAUUACGGUUUAUUAGGUGUCCAUAUCUGCCCAUCAAAAUCAAAAGGUUCGUUCGAGUGACUCUGAAACUUCUUCAUAUUACGCCGAUUGGUAUCUUCAAAUCUUCUUCUUGGAGGUGUUCCUUUUUUUCCGCAGAAUCAUGGACAGUAAGGUGUUUUCUCGGCGGAGUUUUGUGGAUGAUGAUGCCCUCCCAAGUUUGUUGGGCUCCUCAAGCUGGUGGGAUGAAAUCGAUGAGUCCCAGGAAUGGCAGGACAUUAUUUUCUAUGCCCUCACUGCUGCCUAUUCACUCGUUGCGCUCGUUGCCCUGGUGCAAUUGGUACGCAUUCAAUUGCGUGUGCCAGAGUAUGGGUGGACAACACAAAAGAUAUUUCAUCUAAUGAACUUUAUUGUGAAUGGAGUGCGUGCAAUUCUCUUUGGAUUUCAUAGAGAUAUAUUUCUUUUCAAGCCAAAGGUUUUAACAGAAGUGCUGUUAGAUAUUCCAAGUCUUUUGUUCUUUUCUACAUACACAUUACUUGUUUUGUUCUGGGCAGAGAUAUAUUAUCAGGCAAGAAGCUUUUCUACAGAUAUGCUCCGGCCUGCCUAUGCAAUAGUCAAUGGUAUUGUCUAUUUUAUACAGGUUUGCAUUUGGAUAUACAUAGGGAUAGACGAUAACAGCAUUUCUGAGGCAAUUGGAAAACUGUUCUUUGCAGCUGUGUCAUUGUUUGCUGCAAUUGGUUUCUUAAUUUAUGGAGGAAGGCUCUUUUUUAUGCUAAGGCGUUUUCCACUUGAAUCAAGAGGACGUAGAAAGAAGCUGCAUGAGGUUGGUUUCGUGACAGCUAUAUGCUUCACUUGCUUUCUUAUAAGGUGCAUUGUGGUUGCACUUUCCGCUUUUGAUAAGAAAGCAGAUCUUGAUGUUUUGGAUCACCCAAUUCUUAAUCUCAUUUACUAUAUGUUGGUAGAGAUUCUUCCAUCAGCACUGGUCCUUUUCAUCCUCCGCAAGUUACCCCCAAAACGAAUUUCAGAGCAAUAUCAUCCGAUCCGCUGAGCAUUGCUCUUUAUAGUCCCUUGUAAGCUGCCCUCUAAACGAAUGCCAGAGCAGUAUUAUCAAAUUUGUUGAAGACAUUUGUCCGUCAAACCACCUUGCCUCUGAAUUGUACAGAUUUGCUGAGGGGAUUAAAUUGCUGGAGUGCAAUAUCUGUCUCAAUUGUUUCUCAUUGUUUAAUUUGUAAACCGGUGACAAAUAGGAAGAGAUGGUACCUGACACCUAGCGAGAAGUGGUGGGUAAAUUUAUUUUUAAAGAUAUCUUGUGUAACUUUUUUGAGCACAUUGAUGGGUAUAAGAUGUUUGGUGAAAUCUUCAUUAUGCAUUUUUGGGGCUUUGUGCCCACGGCAUUCCUUUCUUUUUUGGAUGUUGUAAUACAUUUGUGGAUUAUAUUCUAAAGGAUGUGUUAUUCCUUUGUGGAUUAUUUUUGAAA